GAAACUAGACUCAGCUGCUGUAGUUUCAGUUUUGAAAUGUGAAUAAGGUUUAAAUGGUCAAUAAAUCGAAAUGGGAAUUACUAAACUAGCAGAAUUGAUUCGUAAUGAUGCUCAAGGAUCGGUAUCUUACAAAGAGAUCGGCGAUUAUACUGGGAAAAUAAUUGCUCUCGAUACGUCCAUUGUGAUGAACCAGUUUCGUACGGCUGUUCCCAAUCUAAAACUCAGUCUCCAAGGCCUGUUGUACCGCACACUUACAUUCCUGGAGCACGACAUCAAGCCGCUGUUUGUGUUUGAUGGAAAACCUCCAGAACAGAAGAGAGCGGUGCUGGAGAAAAGAGCUCAGAACGCAGGAUGGAAGAGCUCACAUCGCUCAAACGCUGUUUCCGCCCAGACCCUGGACGUCCUUCGUCUCCUCCAACUUCUAGGUGUUCCUUGUGUCACGGCUCCAGGAGACGCGGAGGCGUUUUGUGCCCACCUGGUUAAAAGUGGUCUGGUUGAUGCUGUGGCAUCAGAGGACAUGGACACCCUGGCGUUCGGGGGAACUGUUCUCCUUCGCCAGCUGAAAGCAAGCAAAUCCAGUGAGGUGACCGAGUACUCCUUACCAAAAUUACUGGACGCUCUACAGCUCUCGCAGAAGGAGUUUGUAGAUCUGUGUAUAUUACUGGGGUGUGAUUACUGUGAGAAAAUAGGCGGUCUGGGUCCCAGUCGAGCGCUGAAGCUGAUUCAGAAACAUCGAACCAUAGAGAACGUGGUGCUCAACAUCAACAGGAAGACUCACCCGGUUCCGGUGAGUUGGCAGUACCAGGCUGCACGCCGGCUGUUUUUGCAGACUCUUGAGUCCGACCCCCCGUGUCUCCAGUGGAAGGAACCCGACGAGGAAAAGCUGGUGAACUUCCUGUGUAAGGAGAAACACCUCAGGGUGGAGAAGGUUCGAGGGCGGAUGGAGAAGUUUCGGCAGAAUCUCACCAGGAGAAGAGAAGCGAGAGAGGAGGAGAGAGUGGAACGGAGACAGACCAGCAUCAAGGAAUUCUUUCCUCUAACACGGAAAAGACAGUCUGCAGAUUCUGAUCCAGGAUCCAGUAACAGAAAACGUCCAAAAUCUAAAUGAUUCUCUUUGUCUUUUGGACCAUAAAGAUUUAAUGUAAUUUUAGUUCUAACAUUUUUAUCCUGUUUUACUAAUAUUAUUAUCAUGUAAAGACACAAAAAAAUUCUGUUGUUCAUACGUUGUGUCUAAAUUUCUGAUUUGUAAAUAUAAUAUCUCUCUCUUCUGUG